AUGGUCAAAGUUGACGAAGAAGACCCAAAAGUAGGCCCAAUUGAAGCACCUUAUACAAAGUUAUAUAGCGUUGGUACUUCCAAUGGCCAAAAAAUCACAAUCUUUCUUGAAUUGUUAAAGAAGGAAUACAUUUAUAGAAAGAUUGACCUUUCAACUGAUGAACAAAAAGAGCCUUGGUUUAUUAAAUUGAAUCCAAAUGGUCGUAUCCCGGUGUUGAGUGAUGUUGAUUCUGAGGGUAAACGCAUAACACUCCAUGAAACUGGGGUUAUCUUGCAAUAUUUGGCUGAUAAAUAUGAUAAGGAGCGUAAAUAUUCUUAUGACCAUGACGAUCCUUUAUGGUGGGAGCAAUUACAAUGGUUAACUUUCCAAAUUGCUUCACAUUCACCGAUGCAAGGCCAAGCUCAUCAUUUUGUUAGUUUUGCUAAAGUUGUUAAUGAUUAUGGGAUCAAGAGAUAUUCAGAUGAGGCCAAGAGAAUCUAUGGUGUCUAUGAGAUCAGACUGAAAGAGAACAAUGGCUGGUUAGUUGGUGAUCACUUGAAUAUUGCAGACAUUUCAGCUUAUCCAUGGGUUUCUAGAUCAAGAAUGUUCAAGACUGAUCUAAGUGAAUGGCCACAUUUAGCUGAAUGGGUUUCUAAAAUAAGUUCAAUUCCAGGAGUGUCAAAAGGUCAAUCAGUUGAAUAA